AUGGGUGUGCAAAAUGUACAGAUAAUUUUUGAUGAUCCAAUAGCAGUAUUUACGGCCGGCCAAACUAUUACUGGACKGGUUUUAAUUGUGAUUAGUAGUUCAGUAAAGAUCAAAAAUAUAAAAUUGAAAUUCCAAGGAGAAGCUAAUGUUAGGUGGACUGAAACCAAAUCUCAAACUGAUAAUAAUAAUCAAAGACAAAACCAUUCAGUUAGUUAGUCUGCAAGAGAAGAAUAUUUUAAAAAUAAAUWUUUUCUGGUAGUUGCAAARGGUGAAUCACAAUUAGAAGUCGGUGAAUACAUCUAUCCAUUUAAUUUUUGUUUACCACACGAAUUACCAUCAACAUUUAAAGGUGCUCAUGWAAGUAUAUUUUAUAUAGCAAAAGUCAAAAUUAAUAAACCUUGGAGAAUCAAUAUAGAAAAAGAAAUAAUGUUUGAAGUAAUUCCUCCAAUAYAUUUAAAUAAUGAACCAUCAUUAGCUGAACCUAAGACAGCAUUAGAAGAAAAGUUUUACUGUUGCUGUUGGUGUAAAUCCGGUCUAAUGACAUUGGUUACCUAUAUACCUUAUAGUGGUUUUAUACCUGGACAAUAUAUACCAGUUACAGUUGAAUUGGAUAAUAACAGCAUUGCCGAUGUGGAUAUUAUUAAAAUAAAACAAGAGAUAGUUGAGGCUCGUGUUAAGGGAGCACAUUUAAAUGAAGUAGCUUCUAUUAAAAUAAAAUUGGAUAGUACACCAUUGACAAUAGUUAGCAAUUUUCAUCAAUUAGGUUCUAAUGAGGCAAUUUGUAUUCCUGGAUAUGCUCAACUGGCAGUACUAAGUAGCCAAUUAAAUACUGUGCAUGUACCUCACAAUGCACCUUUUCACAAUCUAGAAAGUGGGAUGAAAUUUGUACAAAACAUCCAACUAUCUGAAUUCCAAGAUCCACCACCACCAUACCAAUUUUCAGAAGAUCCAGAAACAUUGUAUGCGAUUACUUUAGCUUCUAUUAAGAAAUUUUAGAUGCAAACCUAGAACUAACGG